AUGGCCCUGGCGGAAGCAAUGCGCGUCCUGACGCGCAUCCUCCUCUGCCCAUGGGCUCUGCUCCGAGGCGCGGCAAUCUGAGGGACUCGGCCGGUGGCCGGUGCCGGUGGCGGGGACGGCGCGCGGCGCUUCGCGAGCCAGCGGGUGCUGGUGGAGCCGGACCCGUCUGCAGGGGUCACUGUACUGAAGCUCAAGAGCCCCCCAGUGAACAGCCUCAGCCUUGAGCUGCUGACAGAGUUAGUCAUCAGUCUGGAGAAACUGGAGAAUGACAAGACCUUCCAAGGCAUCCUCCUGACUUCGAUGGGUGACUGCCCUGGGGUCUUCUCAGCUGGCCUGGACCUGACGGAGUUGUGUGGAAAGAACCCAGCCCACUACGCGGAGUUUUGGAAGGCUGUGCAGGAGAUGUGGCUGCGACUCUACCUGUCUAACUUGGUGCUGAUUGCCGCCAUCAAUGGAGCCUGCCCAGCCGGAGGCUCUCUAUCUCUCACCUGCGAUUACCGGGUGCUGGGUGACAACCCCAAGUACCUCAUGGGGCUGAAUGUGACCCUGCUGGGCAUCAUCAUCCCCUUCUGGUAUGGCCGGGGGCUGCACCCACAUUCCACUUGUCCCUGGGGCUGUGCCCACUUCUCAGGGAGCCCCGAGCCCGUGGUAAGUGGGUGUCUCCAUUCCAGGUUAAAAGACACCCUCAUAAACACCAUCGGGCACCGUGCCACCGAGCAUGCCCUGCAGCUGGGGUUGCUCCUCCCACCGGCAGAGGCCCUCCAGGUGGGCAUGGUGGACCGUGUACCUGAGGACCAAGUGCUGAGCACAGUGCUCUCGGCGAUGGCCCAGUGGAUGGCCAUUCCAGAUCACACUCGACAGCUGACCAAGAACAUGAUGCAAAAGCCCACUGCAGACCGCCUGCUGAAGCAGCAUGACACUGACAUCCAGUACGUCGUCAGCAUCAUCUCCAGGGACUCCAUCCAUAAGUCCCUGAAGACCUACUUAGAAAAACUCAAGCAAAUAAAAGGCUAAGGGCUGGGCUGCCCACGCAGGGCUCUUAGCUGUAUGCCCUCUCCUGUGGUUCCAAGGGAUUUUAAAUAAGGUAUUUUCCAUUUAAAAGUACUUUCAGCUCUUUGUUUUGCUGAUCUUCCAAGAAGGCCCAGUGCCUCGUAGCCAUAGUCCCAAAACACGCCACCACCCACGAGUGCCUUUUGUGCCUGGCAGGUGGGCAGAGGGGC